CCCAGGAGUUCAGAGCGGACUGGAGGGGAGGCUGGGCCGGCACAGGCGGUCACAGGCGGAUGAGAAGACAGGGUAUGUUGCCUACACUAGUUUCAAACUCCUGGACUCAAGCAAUCCUCCUGCUUCAGCCUCCUGAGCAGCUGGGCGUGCACCACAGCAACCAGUUCUUAAUAAAAACAAAACUAAUACACAGGGAACCGGAAGAUCCAAAGCCGCACGUCUCAGACUCAAAUGUCGAGGAGCUGGAACAGAAGCAGUGUCUGCGGCUGCCAGGUCCAGAGAGGGGAGCAGCGCAGACAGAGCCUCCGGGCACAGCCACUUCCCAGGCCAGAGAGAGAGGCCAGAGGCUGAGACGGCUCCGUCACCUUCCCCGAGAACUGUCCCAGCUGGAAGAACCCACUCUGGACUCGACAGAGCGCUCGUCCUCUCCCACCCCAACCCCGGUCCUGCUCCCGCCCGGCGGAGUAGAAAUCAGCCUAGCAACAGGUGACGUACAGGUCCGGGAGAGCGCGGGGAUUCGCGAAACCGGGCCGCAGGGGCGGGUCCGCACUCCAGGGGAGCAGACCGAGUUUCCGGGUACCGCCCGCUUCCCAGGAUCCUCUGCAUCGCGGUGCGGGCACCGCCCCCACCCCGCUGGCCUCUCCGAGCCCCUGAAGGCGAUGUCCGCCUCGUGGGGUGGCCAGGAGAGGAAGAGCGACCCACACCGCACCUGACACGAGCUCCGCACGGCACGCACGAGGCGUGAUUGGAAAAUGCCCAGAAGGCUCCCAC